AUGAAUAGAGUGAUGAUAUCAAAUUGCUAAUUGUUUAGUAAAGUGAUAAGAAUUGAUAACAAGAAUUAUCAUUUUAACUUCUUAUCAGAAUUUCAAAUUUUAGUUGUAUUAUAAUAAUAAUUGAUAAUCUUGUUCCUAUCUUGCAUUGAAUUAAAAUUUUCAAACUAACAUUUAAAAUUUGAUAAUCUUAUGAGUUAAGAAGAUGUAUUGUUAUAAUUAUUUCUGAUAUAUAAUUAAUCCUUAUAAAUUUAAUUAAAGGUCAUUUCAAUUAAUAUGAACUACAAAAUCUAAAUUAAAAAUGUUAUGAUUCCAUUUAAACAUUAAAUUAAUUAAAAAUAUUAAAUAAAAUCUUUCAAUUUUGAAAAAAUAAAUGGUAAUAUUGAUUCUGUCACAAGACUUAGUCAAAAUAAUACUUAAAAAUUAGAACCAAUGUAAAUCAACUAUGCUUUAUUUGCAAUAGAUUUAUUUAAAAUUCAACUUGUAUAAAAAAAAUGA